GUGCGCAAUGUGCACUGUCACCACGGAGCGGUUGUUGUGUACCACCGAGGAGAAGUUGUGUUCCACAGCCCGUCUGUCAAGCCGCUUCGCUGGGGCGAACUCUGCAUGAAGAAAACUUUCAUUUCAAAUUGUUUGAUGAAAACGUCCAGGAGUUUGGUUUGUGUCCAGGAGUUUGUAAAACAUUAACGACAUUCAAACGUGUCACCAUUCAAAUGACAGGAUGGAUGCUUCAGUUUAUUUGAAAUGUAUAUUGGUGGUCCGCUGCGCCAUCUCCACGGUGUGGUGUGGCCAGAUGUGUGACGUGGUGAGUGAGAUCGAGCUGGAGAGAGAGCACUGUGACAACAAAACCUCUGGGAACGUCACGGCAGGUUGUCAAGGGAUGUGGGAUAUCAUCGCUUGUUGGCCGUCUGCCAGUGUGGGAGAGGUCAUCACCAUCAAGUGUCCGAAGUACUUCAGUUACUUCUCUGACCAUAUAGUCAAACACAAAGGUAACCUGUCCAAGACAUGUACCUCAGAGGGUUGGACUGAACUGCAGCCACUGGACAUCGCCCUGAACUGUGGUUAUAACUCCAACAACACUGGAGAUGACGGGAACUUCUUCUGGCAGGUGAAAAUUGGUUAUACUGUUGGACACAGCAUCUCCCUGAUCUCCCUCAUCACAUCGAUAGUCAUACUGAGUAUAUUCAGGAAACUCCACUGCACUAGGAACUACAUCCACAUGCACCUGUUUGUGUCAUUCAUCUUGAAGGCCAUCGCUGUGUUUACGAAGGAUGUGGUUCUGUACCAGGUCGGAGAGGUUGACAACUGCUCCCCAGGAUCCGUUGGCUGCAAGGCGGUGAUGGUCUUCUUCCAGUACUGUAUAAUGGCCAGCUUCUUCUGGCUGCUGGUGGAAGGCCUGUAUCUCCGCGCCCUUUUGGCCGUUUCCUUCUUCUCUGAGAGAAAGUACUUCUGGUACUACAUUCUGAUUGGCUGGGGAGGGCCAACCAUCUUCAUCACAGCUUGGGGUGUGGCGAAGGCCUACUAUAAUGACGUGGGGUAA